AGUGCAGACCGUUAAAGCCCUGCUGCGCCAGCUGCUGGAUGAGGACGUGUUGAUGGCGAUUGGUCGCAAGUGUGGCUGGGACAUGCUCCUCAAGGCUGACACCCACCACUAUGCAGUGGGUCUGCUGGCCAGGGAGCUGUGCCGUUUCUCCCGCUCCUUCUGCCGCAGCAUCGCCGUCAGCCUGCUCCCGCGGCUCAGCAGGGGAGAGCCCCUGUGGGAACUGCCUGCCCUGGCGUUCCUGGUGGAGGUCCUGCACUGCCUGAACCCCAGACAAUGUGGGCCCAGCGUCCUGCAGAUCAUUUCCAGGCACCUGCGCAGGCAGUGCCCGGAGAGGCGUCGCCUGGCGCUCCGAGGCCUGCUGGUGCUCAGCAAGGCUCCCUCAAUGGCUAAGAGCAUCCGGAGCCUGAAUGAAAGCCUCCUGGAGCUACUGCAGGAUGCAGACACAGACACAGUUCAGAUGACUCUCUCUGUGUUCAUCAAUGUGCUGGGCUUGAAAGUCAUCGAAAUAUCCAGCCCAAUUGCCCUGAAGUUGCUUGAGGCGCUGCGGCCACUCUUUGACAACCUGAUGGAGGCGACAGAGAGGAGCAAGAGCCUAAAGCCACACGUGUACUUGAGUCUGGUGCCAUUCUACUUCAACUGGCACGAUGAGAACCAGCGUGUGGCAGAGGCCUCUCGGAGAGCACUGUUUGGUGCAGCCAAGUUCCUGAAGUGGAGGGAUCUUGAGAACUUGGUGACCAUGGAGCAGCCAUGGAGGUUUCCCGAGUGCCUG